AUGCACCCUGGAGCCGUCACUUCAGGCCUCCUGUUGCUUCUCACAGCUGCUGUAGAUUCUUACAGAGAAGUUUGUGGAGUAGUGGGUCGCCCCAUCACACUGCCAUGUACUUACGAUGUGUCUCCUGGAAUUGCAAAUGUAUGUUGGGGCCGGGGGCAGUGCCCUUAUUUUAAAUGCUCAGGCCAACUUAUCUGGACAGAUGGAUACCGUGUGACCUAUCAGAGGAACAGUCGUUACAGGCUCAAGGGGAAGAUUCCAGAAGGAAACGUGUCUUUGACCAUAGAGAAUGCUCUACAGAGUGACAGUGGUCUAUACUGUUGUCGAGUGGAGAUCCUGGGAUUGUUCAAUGAUCAGCUGACAACCUUCACAUUGCAAGUUAGACCAGAAAUUCCAACAAGACCCACAAUUACAACACUAUCCAUACAAGCUCCAUUGUCAACAAGGGUCUCCACCGCUACUCGUCCAACACCAGCACACACACAAACCCCCAAGCCAAUUUCUACUGUACCAUCUCUACCUCAGACAACAGAGGAGGGUAUAGGAACGCCAUCCUAUACCCCGAUGGAUUACAAUGACACCGUGACAUCUUCAAAUGAGCCUGGGAAUAAUCACACUGAAGCCAUCCCAACACAAAAGCCACCGAUGACCACCACUAAGCAUUUCAUCACUGCAAUCCCCAUUGCUGUCUUGGUGCUGCUGUUUCUGGGGAGUGCCGUGGCUGUGGCAAAGUACAUGCAAAUAAAAAGGAGGAUGUGUUCACUAAGGUUGGUUUCCUUUCACGUCUCCAAGAUCAGAGCUUUGGAAAGUGCAGUGGAACAACAACCCCAAGCAGAAGACAACAUCUAUGUUGUUGAAGAUAGUAUUUAUGGCACAGAGUAGCUGGCCCUCUGAGGGGCCUUCUGCCCAUGCCAGCAGGACAGCAAUCAGAUCUGACCAUUCCAGACACUCUUUAAAUCCAGGGGUAUUUCUGGAAUCCUACUUGUCAGCGAUACUUGUAGCUCUCUAGCUGACUGUGCUCAACCUCACCAUUAACAUCAUCCUAUUCUUUAUACCCACACUGCCCCAGUCUCUCCAGGCACCCCAGAGCAUGCUG